ACUGCUGCUAUCGGAUCUGUGAUGAUAUGUGAUCUCCUGGAUACAAUCACACACACACAAGUACCAGGCACUGCUGCUCAGCUGAGCAAAAUGUCUUUCUCUUAGAAGUGGUGCUCAUCACAGCUUUCGAAUCCUUGACGAUGUUGCCAUGCUUUCCUUUCUGCCUUCUGCCUUUUUCUGUCUUUGCCUGCCUGCUCUUCUUACCCGUGGGUCAUUUUUGCCCUGCUGUCUGUAGCUGUAUGGACUACCACACCAUAGAUUGCCGGGAUCAAGGACUCCCAAGUGUUCCUAAUCCAUUUCCAUUGGAUGUACGGAAACUUCUUAUAGCUGAUAACAACAUUCAGGCAAUACCACCUGAUUUCUUUAUAUUUUAUGGAGAUCUGGUCUAUUUGGACUUCAGGAAUAACUCACUCACCUCUUUAGAAGAGGGCACUUUCAGCAGUUCUACCAAACUGGUGUAUUUAGACUUAAGCUACAAUAAUUUAACACAGCUUGAUGCUGGGAUAUUCAAAUCAGCAGAAAAACUGAUAAAACUGAGCCUUGGAAACAAUAACCUGGUGGAUGUGGAUGAGGCUGCUUUUGAGAACCUGGAACAGCUCCAAGUGUUAGAAUUGAAUGACAAUAACUUACAGAGCCUAAAUGUGGCAGCCCUAGAAGCGCUUCCCUCCCUGCGGGCAAUACGCUUGGAGGGCAACCCUUGGGUCUGUGACUGUGAGUUUGCCAAUCUUUUCAGCUGGAUACAAGACAAUGCAUCUAAGCUCCAGAAAGGUCUCCAUGAAAUCCAGUGUUCCCUGCCUGUAGAAAACAGAAGAAUCUUUCUGAAUGAAUUAUCUGAGGUCAGCUUUAGUGAAUGCAAAUUUAGUUUGUCAUUGACGGACCUUUUUAUCAUCAUCUUCUCUGGAGUUGCAGUCUCCAUUGCUGCUAUUCUGUCAAGCUUCUUCUUAGCAACUCUAGUGCACUGCUUCCAGAGGUGUGCUCCCAGUAAGGAUGACGAUGAUGAUGAAGACGACAGUGAGGACUGAACUUAGUCUCUAUGCUUAAGUUUCUUUGGUUUGUAAGUUACUAGAUCAUCAGCCAAAGUCUAGGAAGAAAACAAGGAGAGUCAACGUUUUCAACAUGAAUUAAAUCGCAAUGUGUAAGGAGCCAUUCUGAUCUCAUGGUGGGCACAGGCAGGGGUUGCAGUUUGCAUCUGAGGCUGUUGAUACAUCUGUAACCUGAUGCAAUGAGACUGGGUUCAUUUCUGUGGUCCUUAAACACUGCAUUUGAGUUGGAAGAUUGGAGGGAAAAGGGGGAAAAGCAAAGUUCCAAUGUUUUAAAAAACUAAAUUACAGCUUCCGGGUUGUCCUUCUGAUGAGAUGCAGAUUCUGUAAGUGCUUAGUAGCUUGUUCUAAAUGCAUUUUGAAAAGGACUGUCUCGAUUGGAGGAAUUUCAGCUGGAAAAUAAGGAAGCAAUUGAAAGUAGCAUCCUGCCUAGAUCUAAGUAGUGAGAGAUUCAAUUCAUCUCGCACAACUUUCUAAGUAACAAAAGGCAAUUUAAAUUAUUCCUAGAAUUGUAGAAAGCAUUAUAGGAAGGCUGGCAUUUUCACUCUACAAAUGUUCUCCAGAAACAUUCAUUCUCCAGUUAAUGGCAGCAGUUGCUGGCAUCAUUCAGCCAAAAUAAUUUUUUUUCAUAUAAGUGAAUAUGAUUCUGGAUCUGAGUCAUCCACUGCAGCUGCCUGGCACCUCCUUGGUCAUGGGACAAAUACUAAAUAUAACUUUCCUUUGCAUUUUUAGAUGCAAUGAAGUAAAGGAUUUCCCUACCCUGUAAUGCUAGACACAAGUAACAGUUGCAGCAUCCAGUCCAUUUAGUUAUUUUAAAACAAAGGGCUGUAUUCUGCUCCUGAUUAUACUAGAGUAACACAACUGAAAUGAAAACCAUGAUCCAAAUUGGCAACUGUAUAAACAAGAGUGGAAUCUGACCCAAGGUGUUUCUGACUGUAUUAUAGGUUUGUCAAAACUUGAGCUCUUCUAUAUAAGGGUAGAUAUUUUUGUUAAAAUUAAAAAAGACAUUAAUUACAAGAGAUUUUUUGAGUAGUUCUGGACAGCUUUUUAGGAUAAGUAUAUUUUUUAAAUAUUUGUAAUGAAAAUAUUUUUUUAAAGCUCUGUAUUUAAAGUAUUAUCUAGAGUAGCUGUGAGGGCUUAAAGUAAGGAAUAACAGUGAUAAUCUGACUGUAUGCUAUUAUCAAAGAAUUAGAUCUGAUAAUAAGUAGCAUCAAUUUAACUACUGUAAAUGCUAUUAUUUAAAAAAACCACCAACACUCUGGCUAAAAUAUUGCCUUGCUCAGUUAAUAUGAAUGGUCUUUUAUGGACAGUUAGUUCCAAAUCUCUUGUAUCUGUUGUGCUAAUUGUUCAGGCAGACUAGAGCGAGUUACACUGUUUGUUUGGGGGUAACACAGUCCAGUGGAUAAGGGUACAAGACCAGGGCUCAGGACUCCUGCUGUUGUCCCCAUCUAACACUGGUCAGCUAGAGGACCUUCAGCAAAGCACUAUCUGUCUGUGCCUCAGUUUCACUACAUGUAAAAUGAAGAUCAUCAUAAUUAUUUAUCGUUUUCAAGUGCUUUGAGAUAAGUAAUGGGGGGGCACUAUACUCGGGCUACAUAUAAUUAUUCUAGGUGUUAAGCUGAAGCAGAUGUGUUGCAGUAGGUCUACUCUGAUCUCAUAUUAGUGUGACUUCACUGGCAGCAGUGGAGUUACUCCAUUGACUAGCAGAGUUUGCACCAUGCUGAGGUCAAAACCAGGACAAGAGUGUUUAUUUCUGUUGGCUCUACAGCUUAUUCAAUGUGACUUAAUGCUACCACUGUUAAGAUUCUUAUUUCUGAAAACACAUUGAAACAGGAUUAAGUAGGACAGUGAGAGGAUAUUCUGUAUCAAUACUGUCUUAUUCUGUUCUGAUUCUUUCAAGACAAAUGAAAUGACAUGAUUUUCACUGUGCAGUGCCAUGGUUAUAAAUUACACAAAUAUAUUUAUAAUUUCAACAUGA